AUGCGUUUCUUCUUUAUAGUGGUUUGCAUCAUAGCCGUUAUUUUACGUUUAACAACAGGAUUGCCUCAUGAUCGCAUGCGUCGUGGCCCCGUCGAUCUGAGUGGUUUAACUGGUAACGGUGGAAUGUCGUUUAUAUGUGUAUUUCCACCAUGUCCAGUACAACCGCUUGUCUUACCGUCAAUGGUUGAUUGGGAUUGGGAUGCUAUUCAUGCAAGCAUUGCACAAUGGAACAAAGAGCAAGAAGAGUUAUUAUUAUCGAAAAUAGAUGAUUAA